AUGUCCUUAGAACGGCCAUUCCAAAAAGUUGGCCCAUCAGCCAUCGGUAAGUCGGCGGCCAUUCUGACGUUAUCUGACGACGAUGGAGGCUUGGAGGGGCGGAGGCCGGGGUCGUCAGCUGAUGUGGAUCAGGCUGCCAACAGCUUGCCAGUUUUCGACAACGAUAUGGUGACCAACAUAACUGCUCAGCUGGGAGGCACCGCGUUCCUGCACUGUCGUGUGCGCAAGCUGGGCGAGAGAUCGGUAUCAUGGGUGCGAAGAAGAGACUGGCACAUACUGACCUCUGGUGUGCUGACCUACACCAAUGACGAAAGGUUCCAGGUGGUCCACGAAGACAAUUCUGAUGACUGGAAUUUGCAGAUAAAGUAUGUCCAGAAACGAGACAAUGGCACAUACGAAUGUCAGGUUGACUUUGACGGAAUAGCGUAG